AUGUCCCAAACACAUGUCCCCCCAGACGAAGAGUGGCAGCUCCUGGACCAAUGGCACGGGAAAAAGUCAAAGCUACGAGUCGUCCACAUCGGAGCUGGUGUGGCAGGUAUCCUGAUGGCAUACAAGAUGAGGAAGAUGAUGACCGACUACGAGCUCGUUUGCUAUGACAAAAACCCCGAGAUUGGGGGAACCUGGUACGAGAACCGGUAUCCCGGCUGUGCCUGCGAUGUUCCGGCUCAUGGCUAUACGUACCCAUUCGAUGGUUACGCAGACUGGUCUAGUUUUUAUGCAUCAGGCCCGGAGAUUCUGCAAUACUUGAAACAAUUUGCCGCGAAGCACGAACUGGGUGACUUUUUCAAGCUCAACUCAAAGGUCAUCGAAGCAACAUGGGACGAUGAGCAGGGCAUUUACAAGGUGAAGAUUGAGCAAAAUGGAGGCAUCAUUGAGGAUUACUGUCACAUCCUCGUCAAUGGAGGUGGAUUUCUGAACAAUUGGAAAUGGCCCAACAUUGCCGGACUUUUUGAUUUCAAAGGCCAAUUGGUGCAUAGUGCUAGUUGGGAUCCAACGAUUGACUAUGCUGGUAAAAAGGUCGCAAUUUUGGGGACCGGCUCUUCUGCCAUUCAGAUUGUUCCGCAUGUCCAGAAGGCUGCCCAGCACCUUGUUGCGUUUAUGCGCUCCAAUACAUGGAUUUCGCCGCCAUUUGGAGCCACGGUUCUUGGACAACGGGAGAACGAUUCAAAUGCAGCCCCAGAAGAUUUUCCUGCCGGCCCGCAACACAAGUUUACUGCCGAAGAAAAGGAGCGGUUUCGCAAAGAUCCCGAGUAUCAUCUGAGGUAUCGACGGCUGCUUGAAUCGAGUUUCAACGCCGGUUUCGACAUGUUUCUUCCCGACACAGAAUAUGCCAAGGUUGUUAAAGAAAACAUGAAAGCCGAGAUGUUGCGACGGCUUGGGCCUGGCCAUGAGGAGUUGAAGGAAAAGCUGAUUCCAAGCUGGCCCCCCGGGUGCCGCCGGAUAACACCUGGAGAGGGCUAUCUCGAAGCGUUGGUUCAACCAAAUGUCGAAACCGUGCAUCAGGAAAUUGCGAAAGUGGUGCCCGAGGGUGUUCUAGGCGCAGAUGGGACACUGUAUCCGGUUGAUAUCAUUAUCUGCGCCACUGGAUUUAAUAUCGCCUUCAGCCCUUCGUUCCAGGUCAGAGGCGUCGGUGGUGUGGUCAUGGAAGAAGAAUUCACUCCGGAUCCCAAAGUGUACAUGGGAUUUACCGCGCCAAAAUUCCCAAACUUCUUCACCAUCAAUGGGCCAAGGGCUAACUGGGCCAACGGAUGUUACUUUCCCUCGGUCGAACUUCAGGUCGAAUACGUCAUUAAAUGUGCGAACAAGAUGCAAGAGGAAGGUAUCAAAGCAAUGGAGGUCAAGCCUGAAGUCAUCGACCAUCUUUAUCGUUAUCAUGAUGCGUGGCAUCGCAAAUCAACAUACUCAGCACCCUGCAAGAGCUGGUACAAGCGCGGUAACACCACAGGUACCGUCUGGGUCUGGGGCGGAUCGGGUCUUCAUUAUCUCAAGGCAAUCAAGGAGCCAAAGUUUGAACACUACAACUACACAUAUAAGAACAGCAACAUGUUUGCAUACUUUGGCAAUGGCCGGCUGGAACUUGAAUGGAAGGGUGAACAGGACAAGAUGGCUCCAUACAUCAGAAACGGAGACGUCCCAUGGGAUUUCGAAUGA